CUCGUCGAAAGAUCCAAAGGUUAAAAUCAAACGUCUGAAGGCUACGGAAGCUCGCGCGGUCAAAGCUAAGCUAACGUGGCGAGUAAACAGUCAGAAAAUAGCACCGCUGUGUAAAUUUAGCUCCUGCAAAUCGUUUAUGUGAAUUUGAUUUAUCGUCUCCAGCAGGGUAAACUGCUCUGGGUCCUUUAGUUUACUUUUCUCCCGUGUCCUGCUCGGCUAAUUCCGCCCUGCUGCCCGUGUUUGUCCGCUGUCAGAAGUGAUCCAUCAUGUCCGGUAAUGGUUUAACUGUAGUGUCAGUUAAGAGCUGUGAACUGGUGUAACUGGUUCAUAAUCAACUGGGAGCCGUCAGAAAGAUGUCUGACCGCGGCGGGUUCAGGUGGACGGUGGUGGUUCUGACCUGCCAACACAAAGACAGCGUCUAUUCCUUCCAGAGAGAGCUGGAGUUGCGGCAGCAGCGUGGCUCCAUCUCUCAGGGUGCGUUGGUUUUGACCGUGCGGGACCGCCAGGAGCCGCUGGGCAGCGGAGGGGCAACGCUGAACGCUCUGCUGGUCGCUGCUGAACACCUGAGCAACAGAGCAGGAUACACUGUGGUGACAGCUGACGUCCUGGAUGAUGCUCACAUCCUCAUCCUCCACACAGUGAGUCCAGCAGCACCACCUUUACUUCUCCAGAUGCCGGAGGAGUUGUGGGUGAGAGGAGAACAGCGCUCCCUCCUGGAGGCCCGACUCUUCCCCGUCCUCCACCCCAGAGACGGUGCUGUGGGUCUGGAGGGAGGUGUCGGCUGGCUGCUGGGUGGUGCCGGCUGCCUGCGGAGGUGGAGGGAGGCGUGGAGGCUCUCUCUGAAGGAGGUGAUGUCGCUCACCUGCCAGGAGGCGGAGCUGCGGUGGAGGGAGGAGUUACUGUUCCUGGCAGGGAGGAGGAGAGUGAUGGAUGCUAUGAGGAGUCGCUCAGAUGUCUGCCUCCUGCCUUGCUUCAGGGCUGCGGUGCUGGGAGGCCAACAGGGGGCGCUGCUGGAGACACUCGACAGCAUUGCAGCAGGUAGCAGGACGCAGGAGGCGGAGUCAGGAGUGGGGUCAGGUGCAGAGCUGGGUGUGGCCGCUCGCUGCCUCUCCUGUAUUGCUGAUGUGUUGGUUUGCAUGGCGGGGGGAAAGGGAGGCCUGAGGAGCGGGCCGGCUGCUAACGAGGCCUGGAGCUCCGCCUACCUCCUGUUAGAGGAGGGUGACCUGAGGGGCGGGGUCAACGCCCUGGCUAUGCAGAGAGCUCAUUGGCUGAGCAGGCCCGACCUGCUGGUUCGGGCAGCGCGGCACUACGAAGGUGCUGGACAGGUGCUCCUACGACAAGCUGUGAUGUCAUCGCAGAGGUUUAUCUCCAUUGGCCAAGGUGAGGUCCCGCCCCUUGAGGAGUGGCAGGAAGUGGAGUGUCCAGCCAGACUUGACCUGGCAGGUGGCUGGAGCGACACGCCGCCCAUUGCCUUUGAGCACGGCGGCUCUGUGACCAACGUCGCAGUGAAAGUUGAUGGGAAGCGUCCUAUUGGUGCCCGGGCUCGACGCAUCAGAGAGCCCCGCCUCGUGCUGGUCAGCCACACUGGAGGGCGUGACAGUGGGGUUUCCACGGAGACGGUUUGUGACAGCCUGGAUGACCUGAGGGACUACUGUCAGCCUCACGCACCUGGAGCGCUGCUGAAGGCAGUGUGUGUGUGCAGUGGUUUGGUGUCUCUCUCCUCCCAGCAUGCUCUGGGGGAUCAGCUGAUGCAGGGGUGGGAAGGAGGGGUGGAGCUCCACAGCUGGUCGGUGCUGCCCACUGGAUCUGGACUGGGUACCAGCAGUAUCCUGGCGGGGGCGCUGUUAGCCGCAGUCUACAGGUGCACCGGUCAAACCUACGACACAGACUCUCUCAUCCACGCUGUCCUCUACCUGGAGCAGAUUCUCACCACAGGUGGAGGCUGGCAGGAUCAGGUGGGAGGUCUGGUGGGUGGAAUCAAGGUGGGACGCUCCAGAGCAUCUCUGCCGCUGCAGGUGGAGGUGGAACAUCUCAGUCUUCCAGAGGACUUCCUGGUUUCUCUGGAGCAGCACCUCCUGCUGGUGUACACCGGAAAAACUCGCCUGGCUCGCAACCUGCUGCAGGAUGUAGUUCGUAGCUGGUACAGCCGUUUGCCGUCGAUGGUCCAGAACGCCCAGCAGCUGGUGGCCAACUCAGAGGAAUGUGCUAAAGCCUGUUCAGACGGUUCUCUGUCCAGACUGGGUCUGUGUCUUGACCGCUCGUGGCAGCAGAAGAAGCUGAUGGCUCCUGGCUGUGAGCCGGCGUCAGUGAGGGCCAUGAUGGACGCCCUGAGGCCGCUGGUCCUCGGUCAGAGCCUGGCUGGGGCCGGAGGUGGGGGCUUCCUCUACCUGCUGACCCGGGAGCCUCGACAGCAGCAGGCAGUGCUGCAGGUCCUCCACAACACACCGGGUCUGGGAGACUUCAGUGUUCACUCAGUGGAGCUGGACAUGGACGGGAUUAAAGUCCUACCAACAUCCUGAGGACACACGCAUACACACAUACAGAGAUAAUGUAUUAAAUUGUCUAACUGAGACCGUUGACGACAGAAUAUCUUCCUGUUUAAAAAUGUGAAUUUAUCCUUUAACAACACUAUUACACUAACACCCCCUGCCCCGCCCCCUUUUUAACCAGAGCCUCCAUGAAUCAAGCAAAGAAUAAAACCCCACAAAACUAACUCUAAUUUUUUUAAUCUAAAUUAACAAUUCAUGGAAUUUAUGGAAAAAUAACACACAGUAUUUCAGGGAUAAAAUGAAGAGUUUUUGUUCUUUAACUUUGGUGUAUUUUGAUGCUGCAGAUCAUUUUGUAUUUCAGCUUUAAUAAUGAAUGUAAAUGAUUGAUCAGUGUUGAUCUUUGUGAUGUCAUCAGUGUUGGACGGUACAUUAUAACUGUUAUUCAGACACUUUAACGUCUCCUUGUGAAGGAGGAAGGUUUGAUUAAAAAGAAGAAGAUGAAA